UCUCUCCACAAUAUCCACAUCCACAUCAUAUGGACCGAACACGCAAUUCAAGAAAGAGGUCUUAUCCAGCAGCUAAGUUAAAGGGUACGGCUCAGUAAUAUCACUCAAGUAUUAGGGGUAUAUCAGUCAAACACUCAUACACUCCUCAACGUCAACUCGCGUGUUCUUUCUUCGAAUGAACAUCUGAAACGAGAAGAAAAUAAAAAAGUGUCCAUUGGGGGAUGGAGAAGAAGCUCCUCCUACAUACGCCAUCAACGAUAGCUUCAUAAGCUCUUUUUUUUGAUUCUCCGUCGUCGGAAGUUUCUGUGAAGAUUUCAAUUUGAACCGGAGGUAAUCUGGAUCUCUUCGGCUUUGGCAUUAGUUGCGAUUCCGAUUAGAAAUCAUGUCGGACGCUUUGAUCAAUGGAUUGGCUGGAGCUGGUGGUGGGAUCAUUGCUCAACUCCUCACUUAUCCUCUCCAAACUGUAAAUACGCGUCAACAGACGGAGCGGGAUCUGAAGAGGGAGAAGAGGAAACUUGGAACUAUUGAACACAUGUGCCAGGUUGUGAAACAAGAGGGAUGGGAGCGAUUGUAUGGUGGAUUAGCGCCGUCUCUCGCUGGAACUGCCGCAUCACAGGGUGUGUACUACUACUUCUACCAAGUGUUUCGGAAUCAAGUGGAAGCUGCAGCACUUGCACGAAGUAAGAAAGGUUUGGGUGACGGAUCUGUUGGGAUGUUCUCUUCACUUUUAGUGGCUGCAUUAGCCGGAUCAGUUAAUGUUCUUAUGACGAAUCCAAUCUGGGUGAUUGUUACACGCAUGCAGACUCACAGGAAAAUGCCAAAAGAUCAAAAGACUGUCUCCGAGCCACCUUCUCCUGAUGUAGAGGCUCUGGUUCCAGUUGAGCCGCGUCCAUAUGGAACCUUUAAUACGAUUCGAGAGGUUUACGAUGAAGCUGGAGUGACUGGCUUCUGGAAAGGUGUAAUCCCGACAUUGAUCAUGGUAAGUAAUCCAUCAAUGCAAUUUAUGUUGUACGAGACAAUGUUAGCAAAGCUGAAGAAAAAACGUGCCUUGAAGAGUAGCAACAACGUAACCGCUUUGGAGACAUUUCUUCUUGGAGCUGUGGCUAAACUCGGAGCUACAGUCACAACUUAUCCUCUCUUGGUUGUAAAGUCGCGACUUCAAGCCAAACAGGUCACAACAGGGGACAAAAGACAACAGUACAAAGGAACGCUUGAUGCGAUUCUGAAGAUGAUUCGAUAUGAAGGGCUUUACGGGUUUUACAAAGGGAUGAGCACGAAGAUCGUGCAGAGCGUUUUGGCUGCUGCGGUUCUGUUCAUGAUCAAGGAAGAGCUUGUGAAGGGAGCUAAGCUGUUGCUCUCAAACGCGACCUCUAGCAAAUUAUCACAUUAUUGGGAAUGUCGUGCAUUUCCUGAUGAUAUCGCAAUUGAAUAUUGUAUUUUCUACAAGGAUAAUGUCAUUGCGCUCGAGGAGUCACUACACUCUGCGUUACCGAGAGCAGGAAAAUUCUCGCAGAACCCUAGCGAUCUGGUAUUUUCUGGAUCUGAUCUGUCCGCCAUGGAAGAGAAGAAGGCAGAAUCGACGAACAAAAAUGUUAAGAAGGCCAAUCUGCUGGACCACAACUCGAUCAAGCACAUGCUCGACGAGUCCGUCUCCGAUAUCGUUACGAGCCGUGGAUACAAGGAGGAUGUGAGGUUGAGCAACCUCAAACUGAUCUUAGGAGCGAUUAUCAUCGUGUAUGUAGUGUUGAAUGCGGUGUUGCAGCUGAUUCUGUACACUAAGGAGAAAAAUGCGAUAUUGUUCACCUAUCCUCUUGAGGGAUCAUUCACGAGCACUGGCUUGGUGGUAUCAUCAAAGCUGCCCAGAUUCUCUGAUCAGUACACUCUCACCAUCGACAGUGCUGAUCCAAAAUCAAUCUCAGCUGGGAAGUCAAUACAGCUCACCAAAAGUGUCACCCAAUGGUUCACGACAGAUGGAGUUCUCGUUGAGGGUUUGUUUUGGAAAGACGUGGAAGCAUUAAUCAAGGACUAUGCAGAAGACGGAGAACCAAAGAAGAAGAAAUGAUGAUAUUUUGGGAGAAAAAAUAUGGUUUUCUUAAAAGCUCCAAAUGUUUGCGUUUUUAGAUAAUUAAAAAUCGAUGGCUACUUUUUGUUUAGAGAUUGAUAAGAAUAUUCGAGGGUUUUUUAUAACUAAGAUUUUCGAAUUGAUUUUGAGGUUUUAUAAGCACCUUUGGACAAAAUAAUAAGUUUAUCUUUAGUAA